UCAAAGCAGACAGACCAGCGCGUGUCGUCGCUCACAAAAUAUUGUUUUCAAAUUUAUAAUUUCACACACAUUUUGUUUAAAAAUACAAGUUUGAUAGUGACAAAAUGAUUAUUGAGAUACUGAUUUUUAUUGUGACGUUCGUGGUUGCGUAUUAUUUGUAUGUGUAUAAAAGAAAUCACUGGUUUUUCGAAAAGAGAGGUAUUAAGUAUGUACCCGGGGUGCCUAUAUUCGGCAAUGUAUAUGAUACUAUGCUUCUGAAAAAGCACAUGAUAGACAGCAUUGAUGAUGUCUAUAAAGCAUUUCCUGAUGAAAAAUACGUCGGUUUCAUUGAUGCGAUAGAUCCAAUUAUAAUGAUAAGAGACCCGGAAAUCAUCAAAAACAUCACAGUGAAGGAUUUUGACCACUUCGUCAACCACAAAGUGUUCUUUCAGGAGGAAGCAGAGCCUUUAUUUGGCGGGAGUCUUAUACAGAUGAAAGGAGAAAAAUGGAGAGACAUGCGAACAACUUUAAGCCCAGCAUUUACAGCGUCCAAAAUGAGACUAAUGAUACCAUUCAUGUUUGAAGCUUGCAAGAAUAUCAUAGACGAUCUUAAAGAAAGAGUCAAAACAGAUGAUGAAACAGAUGUUGAAGAUCUUAUGCGUCGGUAUACCAAUGACGUCAUCGCAUCAGCCGGCUUCGGCCUCCAAGUGAACUCGGUGAAGGAGAGAGACAACGAAUUCUUCAUCAUGGGCCGUGAUAUCUUCGUUUUCAAUACGUUCCAAAAGAUCAUAUUCUUUUUUUCCACGCAAAUACCCUGGUUGUUCAAGGCGUUGAAUAUCAAAGUGUUCCCGCAGAAAACGAUGAAUUUCUUCAGAAAUUUAGUGAGAACCACCAUUGAAUCCAGAAAUACCAACAAAGUGUACAGACCUGACAUGAUUCAGUUGCUGAUGGAGGCGUCCAAAGGGAAACUGACCAGCACAGAUGCAGAUGACGGAGAAAGUGUUGGAUUUGCAACCACGCAAGAAGCCUUGAAGCCACGAGGUGUCGCUAGAGAAUGGACCGAAGAUGAACUGAUUGGUCAAGUCUUCAUCUUCUUUGUGGCCGGCUUUGAGAGUUCUGCCGGGGCUCUGACCUUGAGCAUCCACGAGCUGGCGCUGAACCCUGAAGUUGAGGAGAAGCUGUACCAGGAGUGCAGACAAUUCAAGGAGACUGAGAAUACAUUGACGUUCGAGAAUGUGGGGCAGCUGAAAUAUUUGGACUGUGUUAUUAAUGAAACAAUGAGAAAAUGGGCUGUAGCACUUAUAAUGGACAGAACUUGUACCAAGCCUUAUGAGCUGCCUCCGCCUAGGGAGGGCGGGAAACCAGUUCUAUUGCGACCCGGCGACGUCGUCUACAACAUGGUGAACUGCAUCCACAUGGACAAGCAGUACUUCCCGAACCCCGAGGUCUUCGACCCUGACAGGUUCUCCGAUGAGAACAAACACAACAUCAAACCAUUCACUUUUAUGCCGUUCGGUAUGGGACCAAGAAAUUGUAUCGCUUCAAGGUUCGCUUUACUGGAGCUCAAAGUGCUGUUGUACAAUCUGAUUGUGAACUUCAAAAUUAAGAAAUGUAAGAAAACCCUGGAUCCUAUUGUGUUAAACCCUGGAGACUUCAACAUCAAGGUCCAUGGAGGGACUUUUGUGAAACUGGAGUUAAGAGCGUGAUUCGUUAAAAUCACUUAAUUUUGAAAGGUGGAAUGUUAUUUUUAACUAGAUAAUGCAGCUAUGUCCAAAUGAAAAAAAAAAUAUGGUUCCUGUUUUCGUAGAAAUAUAUAAAAUUUUCUGUAUGAAGUACACUUUUAGCAUUAAGUUUACCUACAAUAGGUGUUAGAUACGGCGCAAUAAAUAUUUAGAUCAAUUAAUUAAAUUUAGGGGAUUCCCCUCUUCAGGAAAUUUCAUGCCAAAAUUUAAGUUUUUUUUGCCCAGUAGUUUUGGCUAUAUGUUGUCAUCAGUCAGAAACACAUUCCCAGUUUUAUAAUAUUUUUAGCGAUGAAUCUGAACUACUUUUUAUGUCUCAAUUUUUAAGGCAUCAAAGCGUUCGGUAGAACUGAUUUGGAUGUAAAUGUAAUUUGUUUUUAAAUUCACAUGUAUUGUAAAAUUUAA